AUGCCCGUCGGCCAAAGAACCGUCGGCAAGUUUUGCAUAGCUGCCACCACGUGGCCAGUCUUCUCGACCUGGGACUCGACGCUUUACCGUACUCUCUUCAGAGAUCAAUUAUUCAUCUCGUGGUAUCGUGAGGAUUCUGUUCCAAUUACUCGUGGUCUGGCAGUCGCAGAUCGUGCCUAUUGCAGCGCUUUAAGUGAUCAUCUGCACGUUACGAAUGUUUGCGUUCAAGAUCACCCAAGGCCAACGCCGCAGACCGUGCGAGAAAGCCGAGAGUAG